UUCACUUCAGUGGUGAUGGCUCCACCUCCACCUCCUCCUGCACCACCACCAUCGCUACUAAUCGCCCCUGCCUCUAGUUACUAUAAUGCCAGGCGAGAGUUAAUUCACCAUUCUAAACUCAAAAAGGUGGUUACAAAUGAUCGUUCGGCUCCGCUGAUAGGAGAAAAGUCUAGUAGCGGCGGUGGGGCUCGUGUCGCCGGGAACAAUGGAGUCAGCAUCGGUAACUUGUUCGCAAAUGGCGUUCCUUCAAAACCAAGUGAAAAUAAAUUUCUGCGUGCGAAGACAUCGACUUCGACUCCUAUAGUACCUUCUUCACCGUCAUCAUCCUCACCAAUUCCUUCCGGAGAAAGUGAUUUUUUAAUCAUUUUUUUUUGCACUUUCAAAUGGCCAAACGCGAGGUGUUAUUGUUCUUUGUUCACGAUUAAGCUGACGUUUCGGCGAAUUUCGCCUUCUUCAGAGCCGCUUUCUAUGAGGUCUCCACUAAGUAUGUCACGUAGAGACCAACCGCACAGAAAUCACGUGGAAGUAUAA